AUGUUCAGACAAAUUGCCGCUGUCAAAUACUGCUUGCAUUAUGGAAAGAAGCCCUUCACUGUCAGCCUCGAACAUUUGCUGAGUUUGGGGCGAGAGCUUGAUGCUGCACGAAGAGAUGCACGCAGCAAGCUUAGUGGAUGGGACCUAGCCUUGGAGGACGCCAGGAAGACCGCAGGUCUGUGGUUCUCUGCUGAAAAUUGUAACCUACGACAGCGAGUCCGAUCGAGAGAGCGGCAAGUUGACGAGCUCGUGGGAGAGGGUCGGAAGGAAUGUCGUAGGUUGAAGCAGGAGCAUGCGGCGGGUAAAGUGACCGAGACGGAGAUGCUCGAGAUGAUGGACAGUCUGCGAGGGAGGCUAUCGGAGGUACGGGAACGUGUAGUGGCUGAUGAAGAGGCGCUGGAAGCGGCGACUCAUGAUGGGCAAGUGCUUAGAGAUAUCCUAGAGGAGGUACCAUCAAUACUCUGUGAAGUGAGCUCCAACCUGGAGGCCGUCACCGAGGAGAUGAAAGCAUGCCGAGAGCGACUUGAAGCUCUUGGAAAGGAGGAAGACGUUGAUGAUCAGUACAGGAAGUUGGAGAAUCGACGUAGCAAAGUGGCAGUUCGAAUGGAGGGUCUGCAAGCAGAGAAGCGGGUUUCUAUUCACUGCCAUUCAGGAGAUAUCCUUGUUGGCACUAAGGCUCGAUGA